UUUUGCAGAGAAAUUAUGUUCUGAUGACUUUUAGGUACAGCUGAAGGAAACAGAAAUGAAUAGGGUUGAGUUGGAGAUAAGCAGUAUUAUUUUCAAAGAGAGAAGUAUAUGUCAUUACUCUCUAUUUUCUGUCAUCCCACUCAGUCUCUGAGAACAAGGCACCACUCCACGCUGUUCUUGGUGACAUAUGUCAACAUCUUACAAUUUGUAACUUACUUCCCUCCUCAGGCCUCACUUAGUUAGCUUUAGGUGAGGGAAAGCUCAAGCAAAAAACAAAGGGAAAGAUUCACCUAACUUUUGAGUUUAAGAGCUUAGACUUUAGAUGGGGGGCAAGGAGGGGGCACAGAAAAUACUUGAUGAGGGGCAGAGAAGAUAGCUCAGUGGAUAAAGCUCUUACUAUAUAAGCUUGAGGACCAGAGUUCAAAUCCCUGGAGCCAAAAUAAGGGCAUGUGUGGUAGUGCAGGUGCCUGUAACAGUGCACUCUAAUCCCAUGAGGUGGAAGGCAGAAGCUCAUGAGCCAGCCAGCUUGGCAGACACAGUGGCAAAGAACAAGAGCUGUGCCUCAAGCAAGUAGAAGGUGAGGAACAACACCCAUAGGUGUCCCCUGACCCCUUUAUGCUCCGCCAAAACACAUGUACCUGCAAUCAUAACACAUGAACAUGCACACAUGCAUGCAAACAUGCACACACACACAUGCAUCACACAUGCACAGUGAUUAAAAAAAAAGUGUUGGAGGAGUAAGUGGAAGAUUUUCCCACACUCAGAUGAGGUUAAGAUGCCUACACAUAGGUAGAUUCCUGAGGAAGUGGGGAGCCCUGACCCCAGUGAUGAGGGUGGAGAUGGGGUUUUGCCAAACCUGAAGUGUGUUGUAAGAUGUAUGAUUGGGAGGUGGGGGAGUUUCUAGCAGCCUGUUAGGGAUUUGCCUCAGCCUUCACACAUUUUUCUGUCUCCUCCUGUAUCUGUCUGUCUAUCUAUCUAUCUAUCUAUCUAUCUAUCUAUCUAUCUAUCUAUCUAUCUAUCUAUCUACCUAUCUAUCUACCUACCUAUCUACCUCUCCUCUUUUUCUCUCUCUGAUUUAGGUUUGUGCUUUUCAAAUUUCUUAUAGGUGUACUCCUUUUGAAACACAGACUCUGGGAUUCUGCAUUUCCUAACAAGUCCAGGGUGAGCAGAUGCUUAUGAUGAAUGGACUACACUCAUGUACUUGUCAUACAUUGCCAAGUGCCAGGCACAGACACUGGCUCUUGUAAAUCCUACAGCAUCACAGAAGAAAAUCCUGGUCUCCAAUUUGAAAGCGAGGGAACUAAAAGUGAACAAGGUUUAUUAGCCUGACUCAAUGAUUUAGACAAGGAUAACAGGGAUUGAUGAUUGGACCCAAGGGAAACUUCUUAAGAUAGUGCGUGGAGCCAAUAUUGAAAGGGCCUUCAAGGUUGAAAAAGCUAACCCAAAACACCUCUGCCACAGUUGCCUAGGGACCGAUCUAUUCAGACACGUUGGUUGGUUUAUGACAUGGGUUAUUUCAGUCUAUCCUCAAAAUAAGAACAACAUUUAAGAAAAGAGUUUUUGACAAAGAAAUUGAGGCUGACGGCUAAACUCCUGCUAUCAGAGAGUGGACAUAUCUGAAGGUGUAGCUGAGAAAUCAUAUUAUUUUGGCACAAUUUUUAUGAUUUCCAGAUGUCAGUCUAUUUGUGCUACUGCAGGGAUAUCGUAGAAUGUGUGUGUGUGUGUGUGUGUGUGUGUGUGUGUGUGUUUGUGCGUGUGUGUGUGUGUCAAAGGGAGAGUGGCAGCCUGCUCACAGUGAUUGUGGUCUCUCCCUGCUACCUUGCAGAUGGGCUUCCGCACAAUGUCCUCAUGUGGCCGAGAGAAACAGAAGUUUUGUAGCAGUUUCUCAUAAGGCAAUAAACCCCAUCAGAGUAGGGUCCUGUCUGCUUUCUCUGAUUACUUCUCUAAAUCUCAUCUCUGCUUACAACCAUACUGGAGAUAAGUGCUUCCAGGAAGCUUCCUUAGCUAUUGGGUGGUUUGGUACAACAAAAUCAGUAAGCCCUAAUUACCUAGUUAAAAUACUACGGUGGUGACGUCAGUCUGAGAGUCUGGCUCUGUGCGUUAACAAUACAGUUUCUAACAACCAUACGGUGUUCCUGAGAGGACUGAAUGAAGCAAGGGCCCUGUGCUUGGCAUGUAGAAGUUGCAGCAUAAAUGUAAGGGGUGUUUUCACACACCGAACGUUUUAGGGAAAGGAAGGGACCAAAGUAACAGGAAGAUGUAUUCUCUCUUAUUAGGUCAAAGGUGUGUGCAUCCGACAUGAUGAUAUUGACCUACAUCUAUUGCUUGUUUAUUGAGUACUCAGGUCAGACACAGACCUUGUCUUUUGAUUUGAAAAGAUCAAUAACAUUAUACAUAGUUUAAAAACCAGGCUCCACAGUGAACAGAUCUAAAUUCAGGUCUCAGCUCUAUUAUGUAUUUAUUAUCUGAGAGAAAAGGAGUACUUUCUAUAGAAUGAUUGUUGGGCAAUAGAGAGAUGUUUGAGACAGGACAACAAGCAUGCCUAAAGGCUCAGAGCGAAUACGGCAAUGCCUGCUUCCUGGUCAGUUAUGGACACAGGUACAUCUACGCCGUGGUUUCUCAUCUUCAGCAUUGGUCACGCUUUAUGCUGAUAAUCCUUCAGUGUGUGUGUGUGUGUGUGUGUGUGUUCCUUGUGGCAUUUCAGCAGCAUCCCAAACCAACUUUCGUACUAGUAAUGUUUUAUGUUUAGUCUCAAUGACCAAACUGCCUUAAAUUCUAGCCAAUUAUCUCUUGUUGAUAAAUCUACCUUCUAGUGUCUAUUAGCUUUCUGAUGAACUCAGCAUAGAUUUCCUUUUGUAAUUACUGCACUUAAAGAAAGUUAUAUUUUUGAAGUUCUUAUUUUGGUGACAUUGUGACUAUAUAGAAUUGCUAAGACUCAUUUAUUAUAUGUCUCAAAUAGAUGCAUUUAUUGUACAUAAUUAUAUUUAAGUCUGAUAAAGUUUCUUAAAAAUGUAUGUAUUAUUGGUUAAUAUACUCAUAUUUUUAUAUUCUCUUGGCAUUGCACACAUAUUUUGGAUACAUAGUUUAAAAUAUAAUUUUGUGGGCACUAAACUUUUUUAGCUAAAUUCCUACAACUGUUUUGUACUACUGAGUUUUAUAAGGUAUCAUCAUACCCUAAAAUAACUGCCAGUGGUCGAUUCAAGCCUUAAAAAGAAGCACCAACUAAUGCGAAGAACUAAAAGGAAAAUCAGCCCCUGAAGAAAAGGGACUAGCGGUUCUGAAACCCAAGCGGAGCAUCAUCGUGUGAGUUCACAUUUGCAUUUGGACUGAUCUGUACGACCGGUUUCAAUGAGCAAUAUACACCGAAAGUGUGUUAACCUCAAGUUGAAGAUCAAAGUCCAGCAACCAGGAGGCUUCUGUGUUUAAUGGUGCCAUUUUCAAUACUGUUCUUUUAUGCUCCUGUAAGUACUGCACUUCAGGUCUACAAGCAAGACACUCCAAUUAAUGUGGCAACUCUACCGAAAGCUUAUCCUGGUCUUGUGGGAAUUCAGUACAGCACCCCUGACCUCAGAGAUGUACAACAGCAUGGAGAAUACAGAAAUAAUUUCAGGAAGCUGUACAGAGUGUCACCAAAGCUCUCUACAUAGGCUGAAAACACAUGUGUUCCCCUCGGGGCCCUGAGAACAGUUCUUACCACGGAGGUAUAAAGCUGAAAGAGACCUCCGUUUGCUUCUAGGGAGACUCACCAAUCUGGCUCUGAAGAAAUCUUUCAGAAAUACUGUUUAUCACACUCUAUUCCAGUUUCAGGUCAGGCAUGGUGGCACACACCUUUAAUCCCAGUGCUCAGGAGACAAGACAAGUGGAUCUCUGGGAGUUCAAGACCAGCCUCAUCUACAAAGUCCAGGACAGCCAAGGCUAUCCAGAGAAACCCUGUCUCCAAGAACAAAAAUCAACAACAACAACAACAACAACAACAAAAUUGAAGACCGUGAAGAUGGAAGUGCUGGGGGUUCAACCCCUGGAUGAAAAUCUGGAAAGCGGAUCAAGGCCAGGAUUUCAGUGGAAGAAGUUAUUGCUGGUGGUCUCUGGGAUUCAGGGGGCUGGGCUGCUCCUCUGCCUCAUCUACAUCUGCAUGCACCUCUAUCCUUCCCCGGUGAAGUACCCUCCAAUCCAAAGUCUCAGAGCACAAGUUACCAGAUGUGAGGAAGGGAGACUGUUCAUCAGCUUAUCCAGGAAUGAGUAUCAAACCAUGGAGGUGCAGAACAACUCAGUUGCCAUCACCUGCGAUGGGCUUUAUCUCAUCUACAUGAAGGGCUCCUUUUUCCAGGAGGUCAAGAUCAACCUUCAUUUCCGGAAGGGUCGAAGUCCCAUUUCUAUACCAACGCUGAACAAUGGCCAAAGGGUUGACUUCCCUGUGGUGGCCUCUUUGGCUUUCAAGGAUAUAGUUUACUUUACUGUAGAUGCUCCUGAUAUUUCCUGCGAACACCUCCAGAUAAAUGACGGAGAGCUGAUUAUUGUCCAGCUAACUCCUGGUGGAUUCUGUGCCCACUGAAGAUCUUACGGCAGCACCAUGAACAAAGUGCCACUGUGAAUUCCACGCCGAGGUGUGAACAGGACAAAGGUUCUUUCUUGGGAGACACGAGUCGAUCCUUCUCAACUUUCUGAGAUGUGACCAAAUGCAGAUCCUACCCGACUUCCUCACUCAGGGAUAUUGAGUGUCUUACAUGACAGUUGAUCUCUCUUUUCCACACUUGAGCCUGAUAAGAGCUCUUCUGGGAAUGAAAAACAAUGACUUUCAGUUAGUCAGAAGAUCACUGUAAUAAACUUCUGUCACUGAAAAAUGGCAUUUGAUUACUAUUUUCUAGAAUUUUGGCAUUGUCAAGAGGCAGAGAAAGGGCUAUGAAAUCUAGAAAGGGUCGUGUCCACCAACCAGUAGGAGCUGAAGUGUUCUCUCCUAAGUCAAGGUGAUCAAUGUUUACAUGUUGCCUAAAGUCCUUUUUCAUUUCACGGGAGCUCAGAAAGAAGAUCACCAUGUGGAAACCAGGACUCGAAGACAAUAUUUAAGUGACACUGUGCACUCAGACCUUCUCCCGUUACCACUUUCCUUUCCUGGCCACCAAAAACACAUAAUAGAAAACUCCUCCCUUCAAAGAAGUAUCCAGGGGCGAUGAUGAAACUCCUCCCUUCAAAGAAGUAUCCAGGGGCGAUGAUGAAACUCCUCCCUUCAAAGAAGUAUCCAGGGGCGAUGAUGCCACCAAAGCACCUCAUCAGUGAUGUAAAGAAAACCAGUGGAGCUUUGUUUCUUGUACAGGGUGUGAGAGAUCAUUUAUCCUGAGAGUUAUUUUUAUUAUACAAGAUAGUAAUGAACUGGAGGUCACAGAAUAAAGGCUGGGAAUGAGCCUUUAUUCACUGUCUGAACAAGACUGGUUUGGAAGUUCUCUCUUCCAAAACUUUUAUGUAAAUUUUUGAUAAUUUAAAAGACACACACACACACAUAGUAUUUUUUAGCCAUUUUCAAUAGAAGAUACAACACAUCACAGAAAUCUUUCUAGAUGGUUCUGUAUCCCCACAAGGAUUGCCUUAUGCUACAACACAGCAGUUCACUUAUCUCUCAAACCUCCUGGAAGUUUGAAGGCUGUUAAUCCUUAUACUGACUGAGCUCAGUUAUAUUUGGAUUUUUUUUUGUCUGAUAAUUUUAUGCUUUCUCUUAUGCAUCUACCCAUAGUUGUAUUCCCACUCUGUUAUAAUAUGUUAUUAAAAGAAGCUGAGUAAAAAAUGCUACAUAAAAGGGUUUGUGCAUGAGAUGAAAGCACAGCUGUUACUUCUGGAAGGUCCGCUGUGGGCUAAAUGUGUUACAUGAACUGUUAGGGGCAAGAUAUUCUGUGAUCUCUGUCUUGGUGACUCAGGAGAUCUAUAUGUGUGUAGAGUUCAGUUUUUGUCAUUGAUUAUAUUGUGCAAAGUUGUUGUUACCUAACACGUGACAGCUGGAAAAGUAAACGUUUAUAACUAUGGGUAAUAUUUAAUACAAUUAAUGUUUUGUUUUUUGAACUUUGGGGCUUGUACCUGUAUUUUUUAUGGAUAUGCAAUGUACAGGCCUAGCCUAAGCCCCAUUGUCCUGUCAGUUGUUGUCCUGAACACCAUGGUUUCUGCUCUGCAACCUCACUCCUCUGGAGCACACCCGGCCUGCUUCUUUUGUUCUGGCCUCUGCUAGCCACUCAGGAAUACUGUGGCUGUGUGCCAGCCUCAAUCCCCUACCUACCACCAUAUGUGGUCUCUGUUUUAGUUCCCUUAUCAUUUCAUUCAAAGAAACAAUUAACCCUGUGCUCUACAUGAAAAAGAGAUUCACAGGGAGAGAACAGAGUGAGGAAUUAGGUGUCAGAAAUUGCAAAUUUGACCCAGUCACUAAGUAAGUGACCUUCGACAAAUGACUUUCUACUUCCGCAUCCUGCUUCUUCCCUGUAACAUGACAAAAAUAUAAAAUGCCUGAAAGUUUAGGAGAUUGUGUUCAUAAUGUCAGCUGAAGAUACCACAUGUUUAGUGUAACCCUCACUCAGGCUUCUUGGUGACUCUUUUGAGAGCAGUUCCCCACCCUUAACUGAUGACUUUCAGUUUACAGAAUGCUAUAGGGGGUACAGUCUUGAGGACAAUCAAAAAAUGUUCUUCAGUUUCUCAAGUGUUUUCCCUGUUUUAAGCCAUAAUUUUGUACUCAAUCCAUUCCUGGAUCUCAGAGAGAAUAAAUAUAAAUGUUAACAAUAUAGAUAAUAAUAUUAUUUGUACUUACAUGUCUGAAAUAAAAGACCCUGGAAUUUUCUGAUGGUUA